AUGUUUACAAGUGUGAAUAAUGGUUAUGACACCAUUUUGAAGUACAAAAAUUAUACUGCAAAAUGUAGCCGCGUGACAUUAUUACUUAUUUCUGAUGUCAUUUUUGAAAAUAUAAAAGAGAAUGCAGGAAGAGCAAGUGGUAACACUAUCGAUAUUGAGAGUUUAAUAGGACCAUUUAAAGAAAAUAAUGAUGAAAUAUGGGAAAUUUUCAUGAAAUUUCUUGAAGGAGAGAUCAUUACCGUUCACAAUGAUGAAAUUAAUCAAAUUAUAGAUAUUUGCAAGCUGUUGAAAGCAAACAAAUUAAUCCAUAUCAUUCAAGAGCAAAUACAUGAAAACGAAAAUGUUUCGCCACUUCAAAUCUCCAGAAAUAAUUUGCUACUUCAAGGGCUCAGAGAUAAAUCAAAAACAUUAUUAGAUGACAGAAACAGAAACAUCAUAGAAAGCCUUGGGCUUAAGUUGUUUCAUUUUGAAGAUCAAUCAUUUCCUUGGGAGAAACUAUAUCAUAUCAUUGACUUAAAUGAUGAUCAAGUAGAUAGUCUUAAUCUUCAAGAUAUUGAUUUUAAAAUAUGUGGUUUAUCAACUUUGGCCGUUGCUGCUUGUUUAAAAAAGGAUAAAUUAGUCAAAAAGAUUCUUGAAGAAACUAGAAGUGAUAUUAUUGAUGCGAUGCAAGUUUCAGCACUUUAUGGGAAUGUACAAUCUUUUAAAACUCUUUUUCAAUAUGCAGAAGAAAACGAAGAUGAUAUUAUUUAUGAAAAAAUUAUCAAAAGUAACAUAUUUGUUUCAGCAGUUAUUGGGGCAUCCAAAGAAAUUGUUAAAAUUCUUGUUGAUAAAUUUAAUGACACAGAAUAUGAUUUAUUUAGGAGUUAUGAUAAUGAUAGAUAUGUAACACAUUAUUGUUCAAUGCUUGUGUUUCCAAAUUGUUUUAAUGAUUACAUAAAGAUAUUAUCAAUGAUAAUGAAAUCAAAAAGUGAAUUAAUGAUUUAUGAUAAAAUUGAUAAUAGAGGUUUCAAUAAGUGUUGUAUUGAUUAUAUGGUAGAGAAUCUAAAUGAUGAAAUUAAUAAGGAUGAUAUUAUUAAACUGUUUGAGAAUUUUGUAGAUCAUACAAAUAAAAAACAAGAAAUACGUGUAAAUUAUAAAUUUGCAAACGGUAAUUUGAAAGAUGUUCUUGUCAAAUAUAUGAAAAAUGAUGAUAUUGUUAAAUUCCACAACUGUUUGACAUUAUGUUCUUUUGCUGAAAUAGAACUUGAUAUUCAAAAUUUGCUUAUUGAUACAGUUUGUAAUCAGAACAGAGCAAGAUUUAUUAAAUUUAUUAUCAAAUAUGAUAAGAAAUCAAUUGAAACUAAUGAUAAAUUUGAUUAUAAAGCGUUGUUCAAAGCAUGUGAAAUUAGAAAUGAUAAAAAUAUUAUGGCUAUUCUUGAUUCAGGUUGUGAUAUUAACUCCAUUACGAAAAUUAAUGGGAUUGAAUACUCUAUUUUUUCUUAUUUAGCAUCCGAAAGGAAAUAUAAUGAACUAGAAUUGAUUCUACAAUAUGUGAAGGAUAAUGGAAUACAAAUUGACGAUGCAACUAAGCUGCCAAUAGUAUUGGACAAUGAUAAACUGAUAGAAAUAUUCGAUAAAAAGUUUAAACAACUUAAAUUUAAAACAAUAAAAUCUCAGUCAACAAUGGCAGUUAGAUCUAAAGAACCAGAGAAUAACGUCAAUGAAGAGAUUGAUGAUGAAAAGAAGAAAGAAAAACAAAUGCAGGAAUUGGCUUUUCCAUAUCCAUUGAAAAUUUUUUUUCAAAAAAGAAUGAAAGAUGCAGAAAAUGAUGUUUUGAAAGAAAAUUAUCCUAUUAAUUACAUAAAUGAGAAAGGAGAUACUCCUGCUUUAAUGGCAGCAAAAAAUGGUCUAAAUUCAGUUUUGAAAAUUCUUAUUGAAAAAGGUUCCGAUUUAGAUGUCAAAAAUAAAUCAGGUUUAAACGCUGCAAUGAUUUCAAUUCGUACCAAUCAAAGAGAAUCUCUGAAAACUAUUUUAGAUCUACAUUGGGAACCAAAAAAUGAAGAUGAUAUUCAUUCACUUGUUUUAGAAUGUGUCAUAAAUCCAAAUGUUGAGUUUAUUAAAAUGAUUGAUCAAGCAUUUCAUCCUAAAAUUAAAUACAAUGCUCUACUUGAAGAGAAUUCAACAAGUUAUUUGCAUAUGGCAGCUCAAAAAGGAAACAAUGAAAUUAUUCAUUUUCUUGUAAAAGAAAUAUGUGUUUCCGUUGAUAUUGAAAAUAGUAGGAAAGAAACACCACUUUAUCAUGCGAUUGCAUCGAACAAAAAAGAUACUGUUUCUAUGUUGACGGAAUUAUCUGCUUCAGUUAAUCAUAUUGCAACAGAUGGAGAAACUCCUCUUAUUAAAGCAGUUAGAGUGAAAAGUCUAGAAAUAUGUAAAAAAUUGAUUGAAAAGGGCGCAGAUCCUAACAUUGGUAAACAAUCAGCGUUGUAUUUUGCCAUUACAAAACUAGAAAUUGAUAUUGUUAAGUUAUUCUUAGGAACAAUGAAAAUAAAUUUUGAUUAUAAAUAUGAGGGACGAGGAUAUGUAGACUACUGUAGACUUCGAAUUAAUCAGCAAUUAACUAAUGAGAAAAAGAUGAAAAUGGAGGAGAUUUUCAGGCUUGUUCAAGACCGGGAGAAAAAACAAACAACAAAUAAAUAA